AUGCUAGAAGUAAAGUCCAUGUUUCAUGAAUCCCUUCCUAAACAAAGUCAGCUCUCCUUUGAAGGUGUUUCUGCCAUUGUGCUCUGCAAAGCAAAGCUGCUGCCACUUAAAUCAGUAACACUGGAAUUGGAGAAAAUGCAGAGGGAAGCACAGAAAACCAUUCGGCAACAGGAAUCGGCACAAAAAGAACAGAAAUAA